CGAAAUCGAAAUCAGUUCAAGCAGAGGUCGAUUUUCCAUUUGUAUCGCUCGAAAUUGUUCUUUUCAAAAUUGUAGGAGUUGUGCGCCACCAAACGAAGAGCACACAAACAACAAUCAUAAUUGAUAAUAUAAGAGAUUAUAUUACCAUAUUUUUAUAUAAAAUAUAUUUAUAUAUAUAUAUACAACAUAUAUAUAUAUAUAUAUAUAUAUAUAUAUAUAUACAUAAUCCAAAUCUCAGUGGAUACGCAGAAGCGAAGGAACGAAAGGAGUAAGAAACAUUUGUGCACUUCAGGAUUAUGUUGCUUAAGGAUCAGCCAUCGUUUAAGGAAGUGGCCAAGGUAUUCAUAGUUGGCCUGGCACUGCGCUCCUAUGUAGCCGAUGGCGAUGGACAGCAACGUCGGACGUGCUUUGGACACGAGCUGUCGCGUCGCAUUUGCAUGGCCGCCAAUCGGCAGCGGGUCAACAAUCGCCAUCGCCUCCUCAAGUUCAUGUCCCCGGAGCGUCUCAAGGAUUAUGAUAUGAGGAAUAAGCAGCGUGCCAUACAGCAGCAGAGGGAGCUUAGCCACAGGGCUCAGGCGUUUGCGGCCAAUACAAAUCUGAAUUCCAAGUUAUAAAUGAGAAACCCAAACAUAAACCCAUAA